AGAGCGAGAGAGGGAGGGAGGGCACGCAAGAAAACUUUUCACUUCUGAGGAGCCACUGAGGAAGCGUGUGUGUGUGCGUGCUGGAGCGGCGACCAUGCAGGUAAAAAACGCAUUAGCUAAUUGCUCCGAACUUAAUUAAACGUCACCCGCGAUCGGUUAAUCGCGAUGAUUUGAGCGAGGAGAGUGGCCUGCGUCUGAUCCGAGAGCGAGUAAACGACGGAUUGUGCCCCGUAUCAACCCGAUCCUCCACAGAAAUCCAACAUUAAAUCCCAAACUUUUUCAGCAGCUUUCUCGUCUGCUUCGCCUUGCCUUCCUCUAACGCCACCCCCCCUCAUCGUCGAAGCGAUCACGGCGCACGUACUCCGCUCCAAGUAGCUUUUUGGCGUUUAUUUCUUUCGCCAAUUACGUGCUGAAAUCUGUUAAAAUUAUAGUUUAAACGGAGAUGUGUUGUAGCGCAAGUGUAAAAGCGGUGGAUUCGAGCACGAAGACGCGUCAAAAGGGGGUCUAGUAAGCGGCGAGGAGGGAGGGGGUGCGAGUGUUUUCUAACACAUCUGUAAACGGAGCCCACGUUCAUUAAUUAAAUGGCUUUAGUCCGGCUAGGCCUCAAUUUGCGCUGUUGAGCAGCAGGCGGCGGGCGGUGCAACACUACAUGCCCGAUUUGCAGCCCACAAUCAGAGGGGUAAGGAAACAACUCAAGGCCGAGGAUUUUUACUCUAAAGCUCAGUGAGUGUGUCGUCUAUCUUUGAUCAACUCAGUCGGCGUAUUGAAGCUGCAGUUCCCACCUGGACCUGGCAAGAGUUUGUAGGGAGUGGAGACAGUUUUCGGAGCGGGUUAAUUAUCUCUGCACAGCUAACAGGCUAGAGCUAGCAAAGUGACACGAUUGUUAUUAGCUCAACCCCCCUCCUUUUUUGUGUUUUUAAUUUAGGGACAGUCUGAGAUAACGCUGACGCUAGUCCAUAUGUGCGGUUUGACCAUAACAGGAGGAUUAAUAUGAGAAAAAAAGUAGCAGCUAACCAGAAUUUCCAUAAACCACCACUGUAAUGCGACGUUACAGGGGGGCUCCUCAGACUAGCCUGCUAGCUAAUUGACUAUCUCUGUUCGCAUGCUAAUUAGACUGUUCAUUAAUUAGCCAGCACGACAGUGUAGUAUUAUGUCGGUUUGAGAUCAUGAAAGUCUUGACAUAAAGCCUGCUAAGUUACAGACACCAACAGACCCCACUAACUUGCUAAUUGGCAUGACGAGGAAGUGGGCACUUUAGCUGUGUUGGUAUUUCUCCGCAUGGAAAUAGUAGCUGCCCAGGUUGCAUCUUUGAUUAUGAAUGCAUGCAGCUCUGCGGAAAAAAGGAAACAAACUUGUGGCCUGUGUUUGAUUUCACCUCAACUGCAUAGAGAUUUGAUAAAAACAACUCAGGAUCAUAUUUGGUGGAUUGAUCACACUAGUUGCUGUACAGAGGAUAUGCUGGUUGUGAAUUGUCAAACAAUGCACAUACAGAAUAAUCUAUAUUUCUGCAACUUUUGUAUACUUGUACUAUAUGAAUGGUUUACAGAAAGUUGUUUGAUAAUCAAUUGACUGUCCUACAACACUAAUUUAACUAGUCUGAUUAAUGUGUAAUGUGCCUGUUUAGAAGUUUGUCAACAAGUAGGUUAUCAAACUAGCUCCUGCCAAACAUCAAGUUAAUAUCAUCUGUACAUUAAACACCUGUAACAUCAUGGGAAGUGGUUCUUGAUACAUAAUGUAUGCAUAAGUAAUAGGGAUGGGAAUUGAUAAGAUUUUAUCGAUAUUGAUGCCAUUAUCAAUCCUUUAAUGAUUUUCUUAUCGAGGCCUUUCUUUGAUUUGAAUAAAAAAGUAGACAAAAGGUUUUCACUGUUAACUCAAAAUUUUACUGAAUUAAGAUGUAUGCCACCUUCAGCGAGAGUCUAAAAAUAAUCAAACAGCACACUAUUUGUACAGCCUUCACUUGGGUCAGUAUUAAUGCUGCGUUCGAGCUACGAAUCGGAGGCAGAAUCAGCAUAAGCCAAAUACAGAAUUUGUUGUUAAGUCUGGCAUGCAUUGUGCUUAUGUUAACACAGGACAUAUGUUAAGGUGACCAUAUGUGGAGUCGAGUUGCGCGCAAAAUUUUGAGUUUUUUUGGGGUCAGGUUGAGUGUUUUUUUAUGCGCUUCUAACUCAGUUACAUGCAUAUUCUGAAUUCCUAAGGACAGCGCAUGCGUGCAAAUACAUCUGACUCCUUAUAUUUGAUGCUGUGCCCCGAUGACAAAUGUUCAAGUGUGUUGCUGGUGUUUCCACCUUUGCAUGUUAUCACUGCUUGACAAACGUUGCAUGUCGCACUGUUGCCGUCUUUCUUAGUAAAAUGAAGCCACACCUUAAAUUGUUUCUGCCUACUUUUCGUACCAUCCGCCUUGUUUUUUCCUCAAAGUCUCUGUUCUGGUUCGCUUAGACUUGCACUUGCGAGACCGUUUUUCAAGGCACCUGGAAGAAAGAAAUUGUUUAGGGAAUCGUUAAGAUAAAAUGUAAAUAAUAUCGAUGAAUUGAACCAUUUGGAACCAGUUCUUGAUUCCCAUCCCUAAUAAGUUAACUUUAUUCUUCUUUUGAACUUUAUAGUUAUUACAUGUAUUGUCAGUUGUGAUCGAUCAAUUACAGUUUUUCAAGUCUGAUUCUGAUACAGGUUAUUAAAAAGCAGGUCAGCUGAUAUCCCAUUAUGUUGUAUUCAUUUAUUUGUUAGUUUUUGCUUUCAUUUGAUGAAAUGCAACAUCUAAGGAGUACUAACAUAUAUAAAAUAAAGUUAUUUAAUUGGAGUAAAAAUUGAAUUGGAUGUAGUACAUACUGCAGAAAAAGGGAUUUGUGACCAAGAAAGACCAAUAUGAGUUAAAUAAUGUGAGUCAAAUAGAAUAAAUUCUUUUAUAGAUUCAUCCACGCACAGUCAAAACUAAUAUAUGUGGUUGUCAUAACCAGUAACAUGUUUUAGAUGGGUUUCUAAUGACUCAAUAAAAAGACACACCUACUGUGUUGUGAUAAAGGUUGCCUAACAUGACUGACAUUGCUGUCAAUAUGAAAUACCAUAAUACAGUAUAGCAUAAGUACCCUAUUCUGAUUGAUUUAGGAUUGUCAUAUUGUCAAUUAGUGACUUUAAAGAUGUUUUAUUUAGAAAAGAUGAUGGUGAUAUCAUCCUCAUUAGGGCUGAUGUCAAUAUGAUGUGGAUUUUGUCAAAAUGCCAAUAAUUUUUUAAAUUGAUUGUUAUAUCUGUAAUUGUCAGAUACCACUGACUCGGGGUUUACAGUUCAGUAGCAUUCUUUAAAGAUUUCAUUCCUUUGGUUGUUUUUUAAUGUAUGAAUCUACAGUAAUGGUUGGCAAGUGUUGUAUAAUUAACAAACAGAUCCCUUUUAGUGUAGUUCCCCUUUCGAUAGGAUGAAAUUAUUCAGUUCCAUGUUGGUACUUUCACUUCACCGAGACAUGUUUGAUACUGUAUGUAUGAUAGUAACAGCUCCAGUACGAAAAGGAUUCUGUAACGCCCCUGUCUUGUUUUAUUAGGAGGAGUGUGGAGAGACAGUAGGCAGUGAAAGCAAUGGGGUGGCAGAGUGGCUGUGCCCCCUGUGCCAAAAAGGACAAAGUGACAGAUCUUCUCUGUCUCGUCAUCUUACAGAGCAACACAGCGUACUCCAAACUUGUGUCGACAGACUGCUUGACAUUGUAAGUAUGGCUGAAGUAUACUGGUGCAUCUAAAAGAGAUAAAACAUUGUGAAAAAGUUUGAUUUUUUUUAAAUUCAUAUUGAAGAAAGAAAAAUUAAAGAUUUAUUUAGACUAAAUUAUAAAUGUUCAGUGAAAUGUUUCUGAUGUUUUUUUUGUAGUUUCAAGAUGUUGGAGAAAAAUUUCUACAAUUUUCCUAUUUUUUUUCAAGAUGCAUGUGACAUUAUGGUCUGUGUACUGGACAUACUGUGUUAACAGGUUUUGCUGAGUGAUUGAUCAAUUACAGUGUUUUAACAGCUGAAGCCAACACUGAUAGUAAGAGAGCAGGUCAGCUGAUGGCCAAUAUAUAAUGCAAAUAUAAAUAUAAGGAUAAAAAUAAGAGGGAAAUUCAUGUAUAUAUCUAUUGUUUCAUGCACAUUAUCAGUUUUUCAUGGUUGUCUUUGCUAGGUUUUAAAUACACUUAAAAUGAAUGUAGACAACAUAAUUGUGCUAUCGGCCUUGCGAGAGCUGAUUACUUUAAAAUGCCAAUAAUUUGCAUGAUUAAUUGGUCUGUUUCUAGUUUCACUUACACAAAGGCUGUACUCUCUGACGUACUCUACUCUGGGUGGUAAAAACUGAGUGUAUGAUGUUAAGUGGAUUAACCUGUACUUUAAUAUAGAAAAAGCAUUGAAAUAUUAAACGUCUUGCAUUCCUGUAGCUUGGCAGUAAAAACAAUAUUAAAAGUCUUUUAGAUGGUUUUUGUCUUAUUGAUCACUUUUUUUUCCUCUGAAAAGAUGACAGACGUCCUCUUAAAGGUUUUUUUUUUUAGUUACAAACAGCGUUAGUUACAGACAGGGUACUGUGGCAUGUUCAUGACUGUAAAAGCAAAGAGAGUGACAUGGGAUGAAUUGAUCAAAGAAAAUGAAAUUUAUGGCUUCAGGCUAAUUUGAAAAUUAAAGGCCUGUCAGGGUGGCAGUCUUGGAUGUAACCACGCCUCGCUGUCACACCCAAAUGUUGAGCUGCUCGGGUUCAACAAAGCUCAUCUAUAAGUGACUUUUGCAUACUGAAGUUUGCUAUGGGAGCUUUUUUUAUUUUUAUUUUUUUACAUUCCCUUGUUGACAUUUUCCUUUAACAGGCCACCAGUGGAGGAGAAGAAGAAAAAGAGGCUGACAGGGUUUCAGGUGAGUGUGGAAAGUGUCCACAAAGUUUUUAAGCAGUUCAAAUUCAUAUAAUAAAGCCAUUACAGCGUGUUUCCCUUAGUAAACCCUAAAUUGUUUAAAAUGUAAUGAUGAGACUUUUUGUGCCACCGAAAUAAUGCGUUUUAAAUGUGUGGAGUUUUCAAAUGUUACUUAAUAGAUCAGAAGUAUAAUGAAAAGGUGAAAUCUCAGUCUCUCUGCUCUGCUUUCCUAUAGAAUAGCUUGUGCAUAUAACUUAAUACUAAACCUCUGGACAAAGUUUUAGCUGUUACUGACCAGGAAAAGAAAUGUCUGUCAAUCAUGACUGUUAAGAGAUUUUAGUGUUAUCAAGUUAUCAAGGCGAAGCAGAAAAGCCACAGGAUUGAGCAUGUCUCCUUACAUACAUUACAGUUUGACAUAACAGGGCUGAAAAGAUCAGGUUACUUUUUAAGAAAUAUUUUGCAUUUAGUUUUGGUAGCUCAUUCAAAUUUUCUACAGGUUCCCCCUUUUUGAGUUAACAAUCCUUUUUUUGUAUCAAAUGUACAAUGGUUGAUUGUCAACAAAAAAAGUGUUCAAGUGGUGAUACUAUUGACAACUUGAAGCAUAUUGGUGCUUCCCCCUUCAAGUCCACAAUUGAAAUCAUCUGUAGAGGUUACCCUCAAGCUGGUCUACACCUCCUUAAUCAAACAGAUCAGGAUUUUAAAACUGGCAAAGUGAAAGAAGCAGUUUUAAGCCACUAUUAUUGUCUGAAAUGCUUUUUGGAGUUGAUUAAUAAUCCAUAUUUGUGAACUCUUCAAAGGAAAAUCUGUGUGCAUUCAGAAGUGGAAUCAAUAAAAUCAAUUAGAGGGGGGAAAGCUGCCCUGAGUUCAGUGCAGAUAUGUGUGUUCUCUGUCAAAAGUUAAAUCCCAUUUAUAACAAAGGUAAAAUGUGUAUUCAUUUUAUCAGAUGCAGGAUCUUCAAAACUAAAGCACGCCGAAGACAUCCCUUCAGACCCCUGCCAAUCUAGCGAGAGUUUGGACGCCACUGGAACACUUGGGGACACAGCAAUGGAGGGAGAGAGGAUAGUGGAUCAGGAGGGUGGUGAGGCUGGGCCAGGGCCAGAAGAGGAGGGAAAUCCUCUCACAGAAGCCAAACAGCAAAAUGCGACUGAAAACACAGAGAUCCCAGACGCCAGUGAAAAGUCAGUUGGGAAAAAUGGCGUGUCAGUCGACAGUAACUCUCGGUUCAAAUGCAAUGCUUGCCUGGAAACUUUUCCCAGCAGAACUGCCCUGAGUGUUCAUUACAACUCCGCAGCCCACAUUCAGAGGAUGACUACAGGCUCUUCAAAACAAGGUGAUGAAAAUGAGACUCAGGCCCACUCGAUUCCUGUCCUGCCCCGGCCAUAUAUAUCAAACAAACCCUACCAGUGUGCUAUAUGUCGAGUCUCUUACAAUCACGCCAUCACCCUUGAAAGCCAUAUGAAAUCUGUCUUGCACCAGUCCCGCAGCAGAAACGCUGGAAUUGUUGCACAGUCUGCAAAUAGUGCCGUGGCGGCUGCUAGUUUGGGAGUUGGCGUCACUAGUGCGCAAAAUACUGUAGUGACCACAUCUGGAAGUGGAAACAGCCAGUUAGUUACUACAACCAACUGUUCUGUCCCUGGGACAUUAAUGGUUACUGCAACAAAAGACGGGGAGCAUAUUCCAACUUCCCAGGUUGUUCCCCCCCUCCUCACCUCCCCUGUGGCCUCUGCUCAGGCAGUUUCAGCUUUUCUCACCCUUCUCACAUCUAGUCCCAGCACCCUCUCACACUCCCUCCUCCCUUCCCUCUUUGCGGCUGGUGCUGCUCCUGGAGCUGCCGUGCCUCAGCUUGUGCCUCAGCCUCAGAUGGUGAUGCCCUUAAUCUUGAACGGGCUCCAGGCCCAAACCCAGCAGCAUCAAGAGAACCAGCAGGGCCAGCUCCUUACCCAGUGUGUGCCAUUUGUAGGUCUCAGUGCAGCCCAGCAAGCUCUCCUUACCCAAAGACUCAACAGCUUACAGAACCAGUGGCCAUCUGCAGGAGUCCCAGCAAAUGUACUUUGCCUUGAAGGGCAAAAAGAGACUUUAAAGGUUGAGAAAGGUCAAGAUAACCAAAACAGCGAUGGGGCAGUUGAAGGGAAGGGAUCAGAUCAGAUCGAGGUCACAAAGAACUGGACUACAGGGAAAACUAGGGAUGAUGACAGUAAAGAAUUUGAAGAGUAUCCUGAGAAAAAGGACACAGAAAAGGUUGAGAACCCUGAAGAUGAUGAAAAGGCACACAGAGAUAACACAAUGGAUGGAGACAGCUCAAUGAAUCAGUUGGACCUAGAAGGCGAUGAAGCAGCCUGCCUCAAUCUCUCCCCAGCUAACACAGAGAGGAGGCUCCGCAAUAAGAACCCCUCGCCUUCAGCUUCAGUGCCCAGCAACACAAGCCUCAGUCCUGUUCAUAUAAACCUUACACUAAGCCCUGAUUCAACUCCUCAGAAAUCCCAACCAAGCACUAGCCCAUGUGGUUCUCUUGGCACCCCAAAAGCCAGCCCGAGUACAAAUGCCUUAACCAACAACCAAGCCCGACCCCAUUGUUAUACUAAGGAAUCCAUAUAUCCAGACCUUCCAACGCUGUCUGAGUUCCAGAUGGAAGUUCUUUGGGCCUUCUUUGAGUCACGUAGUGAGGCUGAUGCUGCAAGUCCACCACACGAAGACUGUGAGGCCCUUGGCAGAGAGGUUGGUCUGACGGAGGAAGAGGUACGUAAGUGGUUAAGCCAAGCCCGACAUGCAAAACAGAAGCAAAGGGAGACAGAAAUGGGCCACAUGCACAGCUUGGCAGGACUUACAAGACACGCCCAAAGUUCUGACAAUGACUAUGAUGAUGAGGAAAGGUCACUCAUUAUAGCAGAAGGUGAGGACGAUGUUGAAGCAUCGUGUGGUCAGGCAAUAGAUUUGUCCAGUACUCGAAGGUCACACAGACACAGAUAUUUGGGAAAAGAGGGUCAGACAGACUCAUGUCUCACCUCUGACUCGGAAAACGAGGUCUACACCUCUGUCAUCGUUUCUGAUGAGGAAACCCAGAAUGGGUCAAUGAGGGAGGAUCCCACAAGUCCGGUUAAAGAUGAAGCACAGUGGGAGGUCCAUGGUGACAAGGGGCCCAUUGGAGGAAAGGUUCUGCGCUCCACAACUGUGUUUCUCUCCGAUGCAGAGGACGAAUAUGAAGACGAAGAGGGAGCAGGGGAUCAGAGGUCCCAGAGGAAAAAACGAAAGAGGGAGUUAGAGCACGAAGAGGUGGAGGUGAAGAAGGAGAGACAGGACCCAGAUGUGGAUCUAGAGUUGGAGGCCCAAGGGGACCCUCCAAAUUCGCUCUCCCACACUAUGGACCAUACUGAAAUCCCAACCGGUGCUAUCCACUCACUUCCUCUGUCUCUUACUCCCUUUUCAACCCAGUUCCUCAGCCCCUACGUCCUCUCGCUUGCUCCCCCAUUGCUUGGUGAUUGUGGCAAGGUACCAGUCUUCCCAAACCCCCCAACCAUCACACGUUUCUCCAGCUCUAUUCUUUCACAGUCUCUCUCCUCCAACAACCAAACUUCUCACUUCCUGUCUAACGGUGGUGACUGUGAGUCUGCCCUGGACCUCAGCAUAGGGAAAAACAACACAAAGUAUGCCUCUUCCUCGACAUCUCUGGCUGAUAAAAUAGCGGCACAGAAAGGACAGCUGCUUGAUGGGCUUGGCCUGAGGCCCACGUCCAAAGGUCUGGUAGUCGUCCAGGUAAAGCCUGAAUCUGUCAACGCCAUGUCCUCGUCGAACAGCAGCAUGAGCCUGGUUAAUUGCAGCAGUAUGACAAAAUCAAAUAUUUACAUGAGAGCGGCGGAGAAAAUAAACACUAAUUUGUUGGAAAAGGAAAGGGAAAAAGACAAGGAGCAGGACCAGCAGAGGAAGUCCAAAGGCAAACGAUACAGGGAUAUGCGGCGUUCAAGAACCAUCAUUCAAGCGGAGCAACUUGACGUUCUGUAUGGCUGCUAUUUCAAAGACCCAAAUCCUGGGAAACAUGAAUUUGAACAGAUUUCAGAAUGGGUCCGACUUCCAAAGAAAGUUGUUCAGAUAUGGUUCCAGAACAUGAGGGCGAGGGAGCGGAAAGGAGAGGUUCGAUUUAUCAGCGAUGGGACCUUGGCAGCAGUUGGCAAACCUCUUAUCAAAUUCACCUGGCCUCUAUCCAAACCCAUAUUUUCAAACAAAGCACAAAAUAAUGCCGGUUGCAUCACAACUACACCAAUUGUGCGCACACUUAUUAAGACUGAGAGAGAGCCUGUGAAGGAGCUGAGCAAACCUGCUAUACUGAAAAAAAUCACCCCAGUCCCCAUUAAGCCCAAGGAAGUCGUGUCUUCUACCACAGUCUCUGUCAGCAGCAGUGCAGUGCCAAAGACCACACUUGAAACUACCAGCAAUGUCACCAUGGUCAAAGUUGCACCAAAAGUCUCCCCUCCUGUCAUUUUAGCACCGCCCAAGGAUCCAGUCCCCAUUGCACCAAGACCUCCCCAGAAAAGAAAGUUAGAGGAGGAGAGUGAGGAAGAAAAGACUGAUGAGGAGAGAGAGGAUGAAGAAGAGAUGGGUCCCGGACCAGGGACCACUAACCGCAUGGUGCCCAAACUGCCUACAACACCCAUAAACAAUAGGUCCAAUGCCACAAAUAUGGUGACACAAAAACAGAACGGGCUCAACUACUGGACCUCCAAAGUCCCAAUCAAGAUCAACACAAUUUCAAGAGAACAAUUGGCUCUUCCUACGCACGCACCUUCCCGCACCAUCCCUCCUCCACCCACCCCCAGCAUUGCACCAGUCAGCCCAAACACCCCAUGCUCUGCCAAAGUGGCCAUCCCCCCAACCCCGGUGUCUAAAUCAAGCCCGUCGGAAAGCAGCUUUCUGCCCCACUCAUCCAGUCGUCGACCACGAACACACCUAUCCUGUCUACAGCUGUCCAUUCUGCAGUCCUGUUACGAGACCUGUGCCCACCCCAAUGCCAUGGAAUGUGAGGCCAUCGGCAACGAGCUCAGCCUGCCACUCAAGGUGGUGCAGAUCUGGUUCCAAAACACCAGAGCUAAGGAGAAGCGCUGGAGGCUGCAGCAAGAAAAAAUCGUAAGUGUAUCCGGAUCUCAUCUACGAUAUUUUAAAGAUGGUCCAAAAUGGUAGAAUCAUAAAAAGGGCUGAUCUAAUUCAUGCAUGGUAGCUGAGUGGUAAUAAGGGACUUUAAUCUUGAAAGUAUUACUCUGCUGCUUUACUUCUUUAUUCAAUUGGUCCUGGUAUUUGUUCAAAUAUUAUAUAUGCAACUUAAAAAUGGUAAGAAUUUUCUCUGUAGUUGUGCUUUCAUUUUUAGACGAGUAAAACCUGAUUGAAUACCUGAGUCUAAACACCAUUAUCACAGUGCAAUCAAAGUCUGAAGAUUACUUGUUUAUCUUUAAGCAUGUCCUUUUUUUUGUCCCUUUUGGGAAACCAUAGUUGCUGUCGUGAUGUGAAGUAAUGACAUCGCUGCACUUUAGAGUGGCACAUUUCAUUUAUAAAAAUCUCCAAAACAGCUCAGUUUCAGAGGUCAUUAGUAAUCCGCAUGAACGGAUUAUCGAAGUGCUUAUAGUUAGAGCGUGUUCAGCAUGCAUGUUUCACCUAAUCAGACUGAUGUUACCAGGCAAUCAGGGAAGCUGGUAGAGCUGUAUCUGAAGUGUGGAUGAAACUAAAUUGAAGAAGUUAACAAGUGGCAACUGAUUGCAGCCCAGUCAACAAUGUGGAAAUCUUGGAUCCAAAAGAUGUUCCCGGUCUGGCAUGUUGUGAAACGCUUCACUGUUUCAGGGAACAAUAGUUUCAUACAAACAAAUGCUGUUUGAAACAGAGAAAGCAACUGAAACUUCAAAGUACAAAUACUGUUGCAUUAACCAGAAAACAUUCGAAAUUAGUGAGUAAUCGACACUGAUUGGACACGUAUAUUUCUUCCCAUUCAUUUGGUUUUCUAAAUCAAGAUGCUGAUGAGAAAUUUUUGGAUGGAUUUUUAAACAUGGACUGAAUUUUGAUGAAUGAAAAACUUCUGAACAUAUGAUUUAAAAAGUGAUUAAGAUCAAUUUAAUCUUGAAACUAACUGAUGAAAAAAUGAAUCAUUAGACAGUCUUACCGGGGACGCUUAAUUUUAAGAAGCCAAUCAACAUGUUGCUUUUCGAAAUGUAAAUUCAAACAAAAUGUUACUCUAAAAGAAGAGUAGUUAAAUUGCCUGUACAGGAAUUUUAUAGGGAGCAUGUAUCCUAGAUGUUUAAACAUACCAUGAAAUGUCACUAACAGAUAUGUCACACUUUUUCCUUUCACUCCUUCCCUGGACCUGCCCAUCCACCCAACACUCUGCCCCACCUUACCUUGGAUUCCCAGUCUCCUCUGUCUGGUGGGAAAGUGGACUUGAGCUCAGGAAGCUACCUGCAAUACAACGCUUUCAAAGCCAAUCGGCCCAUCCUGCCAAAACCAGUUCAACUGACAGUUAAUGAACCACCAGCUUCCCCUGUGGCAGGCCAGACAGCGCAGAAAGAGACUCUGACAGGUCGCUGCGAUGCCUGCAAUGUCUCCUUUGAAUCUCGAGCUGCAGUGAGGGCUCAUGUGUUCUCCUCACGUCAUCUGGCAACCCUGAGAACAACUAAUUUCGGCCAACCAACAACGCUUGUCAACAAGAAUGGAACCAGUAAUAGUGGACCUGGCAGUGUUGUGCCGGGAUUACAGGUUUCUCAACCUACUCCAACAACAGGUACUGGUUCUGGUGCUGCAGGGGAGGUGGCUAUGGAGGCAGCUCCACCUACAGCUGCUAGCAGCAGUUAGAGACUCAGAUCAGCAUUGGUCUGCACACUGACUUUUCUUGGACCCAUUUGGGCUCCUCUGAUUUUAAUUAACAAAUAUGAGCACUAAUCUCAAAAACUGAUGUUCUUAAGUUUUUGGAAUUGGCUCCCCUGCAUCCGCUGCCCCUUGUUCAACCUUCACUGACUCAAAUAUGUUAGUCUAUAAACUUCAUUUUGAAUCUAACAGCAGACUGUUUCCAUGCUGCUUCCACUUUUUUCAGUUGCAGUUUGAGAAGUGAUAAAACAUCUCUAGUCACCCUCUUUCCUCACACACUUAAUCCAAACUUUUUUGGUCCUAAGCCUGUGGCUAUAUAUUACCUUACUUUAGUGACCUUCCUAUGAUUUGUAAAGGCAUUUAACUUGCCAUGCUUGAACUGUCCUGCACACUGGUGUUUCCUCCCCGGAAGUAGCCCUUGAAAGGUAGGCCUGGAAACACUUUCUUUUGGGAUAAUAACAAGAAAAAACUUGCAUUAAGGACUCCCAGUUUGCUCCUGUGGAAUAGUUUUUCUCAUGCCGCCUCACUUUUAGGGAGAUAAUGCUUGGAAAUAAUAUGACUGGACUGAAUCAUGGAGAAAAGAUGGACUUGUCUUAACUGUCUCUUUUUUUUUUUUUUUUUUUACUUUGCUACAACAAUGUGAUCUGAAGAGUGCUGCAUCCACUCAUUGGGAUUUAAAAAGAGGUACUAAAGAGAGAACAGGGCUUUUAACUCGUCCCCAUUUACAUGUUGAUAGUUUUCAUGACAAUCCAACUACACAGGGCAAAACAAGAGGCUAAGGAAAGCAGAGUCUUGGCAUACUGCACUUUGACACAUUUUACUUACUUUGAGAUGUUUUUAAGCAUUCUAAUGCAAGUGUCUUUUUAAUGAAAAGAUACAGCCGUGCAUGUUGGAUGCCUUAAUAUAAAUCACAUGAAAAAUUGAUUUGGGGUAGUCUAGUGGGACAUGCUUUAGGUAUGAGCAUAAUAAUGUGCAAAUAGCAGACAUGGGUAAAAAAUGAAGAGCUCUGUUCCAAAAUGCUUCUGUAUCCACCAUGGGGGACAUAUCUGAAUGUUACAUUUCUAAAGUACUGAAGAUCCUGCCCCACAAAUUGUCUCCACUUUCCCGGUCAAGUACCAUAAUUACCAAACAUCUUGUUCUUACAUCAAAUUUCUCUGAUCCUGUGGAUUUCACUUUCCCUUUAAAUUGUGUGUAUCUCAUUUUGAAAUGCAGCUCUUCAAACAAGUUGGGACUAUAUAGCUUUUGCCUAUUAUUGGUGUGUAAUAUUUGGUAUGACCGCCUUACGAAGAAAUACCAUCAGGUUAUUGAAUUAAAGUCCAGGUGAAACCUGGUGAUGUUGGUGAAUAAAUUUUAUCCUCAUCUUGCACAGAGGGUCAGAUGUUUUUCAUAAAUACAGUUUUCUUUCUCAUGAAUACUGUGCACAACACAGAGGUUAGAAAUAUAUCGACAUCAGUAUUUAUACAAACGGCAAUGUAAGCAAUUAAAAACUGAUGUGAGAGAUUUUAUUAAGGUCAAAAGCCAAGUCUCUAAAUAUAAGGAGAACAAAUCUUGAAACAGGCCUUUUCUGUACUUUUAUCCAUUCUCUGCUAAGUUUUGAUACAGAGUUACUUAUUCAAGUAAUGUAUGUGUUGUGAAAUUGGAUCUAAUAUUUGGAAACCAUGGCCAGAGAAAGCUGGGUAUUACUAGCAUACUCAAGGGACUAAUGAAUACUCCAAUCUUGGCAGCAAAUUUCGAAACCUUCAAUGUGUUGGUGAGAGCUAGUAAGAUGGUGCUGUGUUGAAGGACACGUGACAUGCUAAAGAUGUAUUCCUUCAAUUUAAGUUGUAUAUUAAUGUUACGAUAGUUUUAACUAAAUGCAAAACUAAAACCUAAACUUUUGUAAAGAAAUAUAUAAAAUAACUGAUAUUCCAAAGUGAUCCUCCCUUUGCUUUCUGUCAUUCAGAAACCAAAAAGCAAUCUUGAGGUCGACAGAGAGCAGGAGAGGUGUUCGUAAAUGCAAACUGUAGGACAACCCACGGCUUAACACUUGCACUAGUCCACAAUUUUUGCACAAGCUACAGACAUUUCAAAUGAACACAGCCAUUUACACAAUACAGAGAGAUACACUUAGUGGGGAUUUUAAAACGAGGAGGGAAAUGAUGUCCUUUCAUGAGUAAUAAUUUGUACUCCUGCUGGAAAAUCUAUCUUCUGUGUAAAGCAAGGACUGGAGUGCUUUAACUUCAAGACUGGGAUUACACACACAGACACACACACACAGACACAGACAUGGUGUUGCACUGUCCAAACAUGCUCGGUUUUUAUGGAGAUCUGCUUUUAUCCAUGUAUGUUUCAUUGUCACUUUGAUUAUCACUCUUGUUAUUAUAGUACUACUACUUAUACAAUUUAUCGUUACUACUCAUCACUGUUAUUAUUGAUCCACAAUGGUUUUUAAUGCCACCUCUUUGCUCAAAAACAGUAUGGUAUUCCUCUGAAUAUUGAACAAUAAUAGUGGCAGUGUUGUUAUGAAUUGUUAGAUUUUUGAUUAAGCUCUUUUUUUUCCCUCACUUGUAUCUGCCUUUUAUGUUUGGUCUCCAUUAUGCUUUCUUUGAUAUACAAAAAAAAAGAAAUAAAAUCAUUUGAACAACAGUUAUCCAUUGAGGUAUCUUUUCCCCUUUUAGUUUAUUUUUUUAUUUUAAUUUUUUAAAAUAUUUUUUAAAGGUUUCAUCUGAGAGGCAUGUUUGAACAAAGGUCAGUGAGGUCACACUCGGAAAAGACAAUUUACAUGACACUCGGAUGUGCCUGGAAUUAAUCUGCUGAACAGGAGCUUUUGCCAGCGUUCCGACGACUGAUAAAGAUGAUCGACAGGGAUUUCACCCAAUCAGGGGCGACC